AUAUGAAUAAUUUUGAGCACAAGACGGAUUUUUAACUAGUAAAUUGAAUCAUAUAUAUGUGCUUGGUGGAAUAAACGUUACAGUGCUCGUGUAAAAGGAAGAGGUAAAGAUGCAGAGUGAAAAAGGUAGAUAUACUUUUCAGAAUCUAGAUGAUUGGGAUCCUCUUUCAGAAGACUAUAAUUCUUUAACUUUCAACUCGUACAGCUGGGGACCGGGAGCAAACUUGCCUGUUGAAUUUUUACCACCAAGAAAAAUGCUAGGAUCAGUGCAACAAGGUGAUGCCAAGAAGGUUGUCCUCUUCGUCAAAGGUGUACCACCAGGAAUGGAAAAGGAGGGACUAAAAAACUUGUUUGCUCCUUAUGGCCGGGUUUUGUAUGUUCAUAUUGGUCAGUCAAGAAAUCCGAAGUACAUCACAGGUUAUGGAAUGGUGCAUUUGUCCUCAUUAGCUGAGGCAGAAACUGCUAUACGUGAGCUGCAUAAGAAACCGCCGCUAGGACUAAUUAUUGAAUUUGCUCAAACUAAUGAAGAGAGAAAAAUGAAAUUAGAAAUGAAGAAAGCCGAGAUGAACCAUUAUAAAGAAAUGAGCUUAAACAGAAUUGGUGAAACUUCAGUGAAAAAUCAGUCUGCCCCUUUAGUGGGAAACUACAAUCCUUCUCUAGGCUCGAGACUGCAGAGUAGAGGUCGAGGAGCUACGUCUUCUUCUUUG